AUGGACCUGUCCCCGCAGCUCUCCUUUGCCCUCUACAUCUCAGCCUUUGCACUGGGCUUCCCACUCAAUGUACUGGCCAUCCGAGGUGCGGUGUCCCGCGCCCGACUGCGUCUCACCCCCAGCCUAGUCUACACUUUCCACCUGGGCUGCUCUGACCUCCUUUUGGCCACCACUCUGCCCCUGAAGGCCGUGGAGGCCCUGGCCUCUGGGGCCUGGCCCCUGCCACCCUCUUUCUGCCCUGUCUUUGCCUUGGCUCACUUUGCCCCUCUCUAUGCGGGUGGCGGUUUCCUAGCUGCUCUCAGUGUUGGCCGUUACCUGGGAGCUGCCUUCCCCUUCGGAUACCAAGCCAUCCGGAGGCCACGCUAUUCCUGGGGUGUGUGUGUGGCCAUAUGGGCCCUUGUCCUCUGCCACCUGGGGCUGGUCCUUGGGUUGGAGGCUCCAGGAGGCUGGCUGGACAAUACCACUAGUUCUCUGGGAAUCAUCACACCAGUGAACGGCUCCCCGGUCUGCCUGGAGGACUGGGACCCUGCUUCGGCUCGCCCUGCCCGCCUCAGUUUCUCUAUUCUGCUCUUCUUUCUGCCCUUGGUCGUUACAUCCUUCUGUUAUGUGGGUUGCCUCCGGGCCCUGGCACACUCAGGCCUGAGCCACAGACGGAAGCUCAGGGCGGCCUGGGUGGCCGGUGGGGCCCUCCUCACUCUGUUGCUCUGCUUGGGACCCUACAAUGCUUCCAACGUGGCUAGUUUCGUGAACCCAGACCUGGGAGACCCCUGGAGGAAGCUUGGGCUCAUCACAGGAGCCUGGAGUGUGGUGAUCAACCCACUGGUGACUGGCUACUUGGGAGCAGGACCUGGCCGGGGGACAGUAUGUGUGGCAAGGACAAAAGGAGGAACAACUCAGAAGUAG